ACUACUACUGAUACUACUACUACUGAUACUACUACUACUAUUACUACUACUGCUACUACUACUACUACUACUACUGAUACUACUACUACUACCACUACUACUAUUACUACUACAGGACCAAUGACAGAAACAAAAGCGCAGCACGGUUCAUCAGAGGGUUUGGUGCUUUAUUUAGUUUUUUAACAAAUUUUUAAAUAAUAAAAAACUAUUUAAAAUAAAAACAAACGGUCACGUGUGUUUUACUCUGAAAGGGAGCCGGAAGUGACGGCGGAAGUGGAGGUGAAAGACGCGCACUUUUCAAAAAUGGCGCCGUAAACACCGUUUGUAGCAGCGACAAGGAACUAAACCAGGACUCAUUUGUGGGGUCUCCCUGGUGUUUCCGGGUCCAUGGCGCGUCCUGAGCCUCUGGAGGAUCUGCUGGGGGAGCUGCGCAGCUUCGUGAGCGCUCGGUUGGCGGUGGCGGUGGAGGAGAUUCUGCUCGCCGUGGGACGGACGGUGACGCGCUGCAGAGACACGUUUGACCAGCAGAGGGCGCAACGAGAGGAACUGAAGGAAGAACCGACAGGAGCGGGUCAUGUGUUUGUGGAGGCCCCAGACUGGCCCCUCGUGCGGCCGCCCCAGGCCCCUGGGCCGCUCUUUAAACAGGAGCAGAGCAGCAGCAGCAGCAGGGGGCGCUGUGCACAGGAAACACACACACACAGGGACACACACACAGAUGUUUCCUCGGUGCAGGAGGACGAGUUUCGGUCUCGUGUUUCGGAGGUUCCUUUGUUCUUCUUGAACUCGGCUCCGGAACCGAGUCCGGUACCGGAGCCCAGAGCCCAGAAGAAGGUCCGGUACCACUGCCCGUUCUGCGGCAAAGCCUUCGCCAAAACGGACAACUUCAAAUGCCACCUGCGGGCGCACACGGGCGAGAAACCCUUCAGCUGCUCCGAGUGCGGUAAACGCUUCGCCUACCACGCCUCCUUCAACAACCACAAGCGCACGCACUCGGGCGAGAGGCCGUUCGGCUGCUCCGUCUGCGGGAAAACCUUCGUCCUCAAGGCCGUCCUCAAGCAGCACAUGUUCACACACCAGGAACACAAACCCUUCAGCUGCCCCGUGUGCCACCGCGGCUUCUGCAACAAACAGGGCCUCAAGCAGCACAUGAGCAAACACCCCUGACCCCUGACCUCUGAACCCUGACCUCUGAACCCUGACCCCUGAACUCUGAACUCCUCCUGUGCCCCCGUGUGUCAGACUGAGCU